AUACAUCAUUCAGUGUUAGUCUCCAGUGCGGUGCAGAUUUAGUUUGAACUAACGGUUUUUGGGCGAUUUUUCGUGUUUUUCGGGAAAAGAAACGGUGUAGUGUUUGAAAAUCGGUGCAUAAUGGCCUUCAAGUUUGUAGUGUUUGCCUCCUGCCUGUUGGCUUUCGCCGCUGCCUACCCGGGAGGCUACGGUGACUACUACGGUGCCUCGGAACAGGAAGCCGAACACGACCAGCACCAGUAUGGACAGAUUGCGCGGAUUUCACUCGGAGACGGAGGCCACGGACACCACGAGUAUGCCCACCACGAGGACGAGCAUGUUGAUUACUAUGCCCCACCAAAGUACGCCUUCAAGUACGGAGUGAACGACUUCCACACCGGUGACGUCAAGAGCCAGCACGAAACCCGCGACGGCGAUGUCGUCAAGGGCCAGUACUCCCUGGUUGAACCGGACGGUUCGGUGCGCACCGUAGACUACACCGCCGACAAGCACAGCGGGUUCAACGCCGUCGUGCACAAAACUGCUCCGGUGGCCCAUCACCACAGUGCCGACCACUACUAAAGCCUCCAGUCCUAGAAUAAGCAUCGCACUGUCGUUGUAGACUGCGUUUUUGCCUUUUCUUACCAAAAAAUAGUCACCGUGAACAAUACGUCGCGGGCGCCAUGUAACGGAUACUCUCUAACAGUCUACCAUCGGAUCAGUGCUCAAGUCAAGACCGCUACCGGAAUCGCCCUAUUCCGUUAAUUCGAGCUAAGCCUUUGACAACAUCCACUCGUUGUUCUGAACUGUGAUACCCCCUUGUUGUUAUUUGUUAUUUUGUUAAAGUUAGUUUUGGAACAUCGAAGUUUCCGUUCAGUGCUUUGCAGCAACUUUGAAACCACCGGGUGAAGCAUUGAAAAGGAAACGAUAAAAUUUGAAUAAAGUAGCUACUUAACGAACGGAAAAGUCAAAAGCUUAAAACGAUCGGGAAAAGUCGAUACCGAGCAUGUUUCACGCGAUAGGCUGAACAACUGCCUGCGUUAUGUAAAUAGUUAAUUACCGAAGACCAACCCAUUUAGGAAAACGCCAACUGCAAACUGGUCCUACCACUUUCGACGAUCAUGCAUUUUUCCUAGUUCGAGCGAUAACUUCUCGUUUUGGAAUUCAUUGCGAAUCAAAGCUUCCUCAAUUGAGUUUGACUAGGUGAUAAAUGGUGCUCGCGUGAAGAACUGGUUCUACCGCCAAUAAACCCUGUCGCAAUUCGCUCCAUGUAGACAAACAGGAAACAUCAAAAUAGAAAUCUAUCACCAUCUAAUGCAGCUCAUGUAAUUUCCACUGCCGAGAGAUGCACUGCUUGUGACGCAAUGAUUUUUCCUGACCAGUGGCAACUUUUACUGCUCUUGUUAUCGUGCAGUUGUGGAACGUGCAGAAAUGCGGACUGGCUUCUGUCUUUCAAUGCAACCUACGCCGUCUUCAGACUAACGAGACUGAUCAUGCUUUUCCAACGAGAGAUGGUUAUUUCUUCGUAAUUCCUACCCCCCUCAAGCACCCGUUAACGAACGUACAGUUUCAGUUUCAUCGGUAGCAAAAAGCAAAAACUUGUUACUUUGUAUUUAUGUUGAUAUGUAUUUUUAUAUUAGACGUCGAAGCUUUUUUUCCUCGUGCCUUUUUUGUCUUGUCUGUUAAUUGUUAGGCUAAUGCUGUUACGCUCUAGCUAGUUAAGCGAGUAUAAUAGAGGAGAAAAACCGUGCGAAAUAAAUGUUGCGAGAAAAUGAUGAUUAAAUAAAAAUGAGUAAAACAGAUGAA